AUGCAUGCAGAUGUGACCUGUGGAGGCCCUGAAGGUCAAGGUGACAUGCAGGAUCAUGUGACCAGUGAAGACCCUGAAGAUCAAGGUGACAUUCAGGCAGAUGUGACCAGUGGAGAUCCUGAAUGUCAAGGUGACAUGCAGGCUAAAGUAACAACAUUUGGAGAACCUGAAAGUAAAGGUGACAGUGAUGUUCAGCCAGAAGUAACACUGUACAGUGACCCCGAAGGUCAAUAUUUCAGGCAGCCAGAUGUGACUACUAAAGACCAUGAGGACCAUGGUGGCAUGCAAGCAGAUCUAACAAUAUCUAAAGACACUGAUGGUCAAGAUGGAUCACAGGCAGAUCUAACAACCUUCAAUAAGAUUGAAGUUCAGGGUAGCACUGGUAUUCAGGCAGAUGUGACAUUUGCUGUCACUGAUGGCCAAGGUGAUAGACAGGUCACAACACUGAAAGAGGCUGAAGAUCAAGGUGACACUAAUAUUCAACAAGGUGCAACAACAUUUGAAGAACCUGCAUGUCAAAAGGAUUCUGUUAUUCAGGCUGAUGUGACAAAAUUUGAGGACACUGAAGGUCAAGGCGACACUGAUAUUCAGGCAGAUCAAACAAUAUAUGAUGACACUGAAGGUCAAGGUGACACUGAUAUUCAGGCAGAUCUAACAAUAUAUGAUGACACUGAAGGUCAAGGCGACACUGAUAUUCAGGCAGAUCAAACAAUAUAUGAUGACACUGAAGGUCAAGGCGACACUGAUAUUCAGGCAGACCUAACAAUAUAUGAUGACACUGAAGGUCAAGGUGACACUGAUAUUCAGGCAGAUCAAACAAUAUAUGAUGACACUGAAGGUCAUGGUGACACUGAUAUUCAGGCAGAUCAAACAAUAUUUGAAGAACGUGAAUGUCAUGGUGACACUGAGAUGACAGAUGUGGGAACAUUUAGAAACCCUGAAGGUCAAAGUGAUAAUGAGGCAGCUGCUCUUAAAUCACAGGGAGACCUUGAAGGUCAAGUGGACAAAUGUGUUGCUUUGAUGAAGUCAAAUAUGAAAGCUGUUGUAAACUCUAUAAAUCAAAGCGACAAUGAGACCACUUCUAUAUUGUCAAAUGAGCCAGUUGUAAAGGACUUCAAAGGUCAUGGUGACAGUGACACAGCAGUGAAACAAGCUGGUAAAUCAAACAUGAAUAAAGCAAAAGUGCAUGAUGAGAACAGGCAUGACAGGUGCUUGAGUAGCCAGUCUAAGAUUUUCCAGAAACGCAAAGAACAAGAAGAGAGUUUUGAUUUCAGUAUGCUGGGGACCGACUUCUCCGCAUCAACACCAAAAUCAGUUUCAGAUUCCUUAGUAGUGAACUGUGAUGGCCUGUCAUACCAGAAGGAUGUUUCAGUAGAUCCCAGCCUCAGUGGUACUACAGAUGUGGAAGAGUCCAAAGAGAGUGAGCAGGAUCCUGGAGGAUCUCCUCAAGGAGAAGCUGGAGUGGAAUUACUUGGUAGCAGUGAGUGUCACACUACAGGUCCUCAUAGUAUCUCAAUGACAGAGAACAGCUGCACCCUCAGUAGUAAUAAGCAAGAGAUGAUGAAAUCAUGUAUAUUGUCAGAUGACACUGAGCUUCACCUUCAGUUGUCUGGUAUUGACAGCCAAACUGGCAAUGCAGAGUCAUGCUUAGGAGUAAACAGCAGCCCUAUCAGUAGUAGUAAGAAAGAGGUGAUGAGAUCAUGCACAUCGUCAGAUGAGACUGAGCUUCACCUUCCGUUGUCUGGUAUUGAGAGUCAGACAGGCAAUACAGAGUCCUGCUUUCUUGAUGUCUCUCGACCAGAACUAACACCUUCACUAACAGGAACCGAUGAUCCUGACAUUGUGAAUGACAUUCCAGAGAAUGACAGCCCUGCAGCUAGCCCACACAACACUGCAUCAGGAGAGGAAGCACUUCUCUCAGAAGAGGAUCUGCACUUGGUGAUGACAACAUCGGAUGAAAGUCAGCUACAUAAUGAUUCUGCUGUCUCAGGAGAAAGUGCUGAUGAUUUCUUUCUGAGUCCUUUCAAAAAGUUCAAGGCAUCAAAGGAGUCAAAACAUUCAAAAAUGCUUGGAACAGUUUGUGAAAGUGAGCCAUUGUGUUCUCCCUCUGCUGAACAGCACCAAACCCCCUCUGCUUCUGACCUUGAGAGUAGUGCAAAUCAGUUGAACCUGUGGCAGGAAAUGUCCCAGUCUUCUUGCAACAGUGGCAAAGAUGAUCUCACUUCAGAAGACAUUUUCCAAGGGAACAUCACAGAUGAUGAUAUAACUUGUACACAAGAAUCCAUGAUGAGCGGCAUUGCUCCAUUAGAGUUGAGUAAUGAUGCUGAUGAACCUGUGAAGGCAACUGAAGAGGCAACUCAGGAAACUUCUUUGCUUCAUGAACGGAAAGUUGAAACAUUGCCAACCUUUUCACUUCCUACAGAAAGUGAUCAUGAGACUGUUUCAGAAAAUGUUACAGACACGACAAAUGGUAAGGGAAUUGAAUGUCAGCCAUGUGACCAAGGAUAUGGAUUUGCCAAAUAUGGAAGCGCAGGUGGUGCUGUGAAGAUCGUGAUGAAAGACUCAAUCUCUAGUUCUGACACAUUGUGUGAUGACCAUGCUAUCAAGGAAAAACCUUCUACGAUCGGUCUUUACAGAUCUAUGUCUGAUUCAGAACCCACCUUUAUUGCAGAACCACUAUUCAGAGUUGAUGACAGGAACACCAUCAUAUUUGAUGCAGUUGAUGAUGUACAAAGUUCUGAAUGUAGACCCAGUUUCAGUGAAGAUCUCAGUUUUCAUGAAAAAUCAAAUAUGGAUGAAAAAGUUCCCAGUGAUAUUGAUAUGGUUGAGCAUGAACAGGGUUGUAAUCUGUCUGCCUCAAGAAGUGCAGCAUCAGAUGGUGAAGCUACUGAGGAAAGAGACAGUAUUUCAGCUAUUGACCUUGAGAGUGCAGAUGGUGAAGCUACUGAGGAAAGAGACAGUAUUUCAGCUAUUGACCUUGAGAGUGCAGAUGGUGAAGCUACUGAGGAAAGAGACAGUAUUUCAGCUAUUGACCUUGAGAGUGCAGAUGGUGAAGCUACUGAGGAAAGAGACAGUAUUUCAGCUAUUGACCUUGAGAGUGCAGAUGGUGAAGCUACUGAGGAAAGAGACAGUAUUUCAGCUAUUGACCUUGAGAGUGCACGAAACAAAACUACCUUACUGCAGCCAGGAUCUAUGGAAAAUUGUUUCCAAAAGAACUUAUCACCUGGUAUUGAACGAAAUUUGGUUGAAGUUCCCGAUUUGGACAACUUCUCAGGUCAUGAAAAGAUAACAUAUGAGCCUGAGCACGCGACAUCAAGUCUGCCAGACGACUACCAUACAACAGAAAUCUCAAAGAAAACUGAUGCCUCAGGGAUGACUUUACCAUCCAUGGAGGUGAAUGAAUAUGAUGGUAUUGAAUCAAGAUCACUUGGAAGGGAACAGGUGACUAUUGAUGAUGAUAGGAUGAAGAUGAUGAAUUACAUUGACAGUGUUCCUGAGUCUGAAGAAAAUCUAGCAAUCAUCGAUCUCAGGGAAGACACAACAAAGGUGAUUGACCUGUGCUCUUUGUCUCCAACUGAUUGUCAACAGAUGAGUGGGCUUGACAAGGUGGCUACCUCUCACAAGAACCAUGAUGAGAUGGGUGAGCCUGCAGAUGAUCAUCUCCAGAACUGUAAUCGUGAUGGAGGGGUCUUUGGAAUAUCUUCGCUUCCAUUCCCUGGUCCCAGACAUGAAGCUGCAGAUGAUGAAGCCACAGAAAUAAAAGAUGAUACACUUAUAAGUGAUGAAGACAGAGGCUGUAGGGUUGCUGCAGGAACUCCAUGCGUAUCUCAGUGUGUAUUACUAGAGGAACAGUGCAUGCCAAUCAUAGUGGAAUGUUGGUCUAAUGCUCCCAACAGCAGAAAACGCAAAGCAUCAGAUGACCGAGCAGUUGAGAAGAGAUCUUGCCAUGCAAAUUUGUCAUUAAAAGCACAUUUAGGAAGUAUGGUUGCAGACUUUUUCUUGAUCAGAGAAAGUGUCAAAAAAUUUCUGACUUGUAAUUUGACCAGUGACAAAGAGAAAUUGUCCAUUGCUUGUCGAGAUAGUGGUGAGCUUCAAGAGCAACAUGGCCUCAGUCAGGACAGCCAGGGCAUUAUUGAUGGCAAGCUCAGCCUCACUGGAAAAGGGCAAGACUUCAGGGAUAGCCGACUUGGCCCUGAUGAUGGCAAACAAGGCCUUAGUGAUCAGCCUCAUGGCUUCAGUAAUCAGAGUGAUGGCCACCAAAUUGGUGAGCAGCACUUGAGAGACAUCAAUCAUGAUUUGAAUGCUCAACAUCAUGGCCCCAUAGAAGGGCUUCGGGAAACAAAAGAUGAACAAGGCAUCGGUUUUUAUGCAAAUAAUUCCAAAAGUGAAUCCUGUCUUAACAUCGAGCAGAAGAUGAUUUCAGCCUCACAUGUUGUGUCCCAAGAUGUAGUUGCAGCUGGAGAUAGUAACACUGCAGUGGAUGUUGACAGCAUCGAAGAGGAAGCUGAGCUAAAAGUAUCCCCUAUUGUCAUUGACCCUGACAUUGAUAUGCCUGAAUGUCCAGCAGUGUCAGCUUCUACCAUUGUCAUGGAGAAGAUUCAUGAAAGUAAGGAAACAAAACCUGAUAUUCUCGAGAUAUUAGAACCUUCUGGCAGUGUGGAUGAUGGAGAUGGUGUUAUUGUCAUUACAGACUCAGAUGAUGAAGUAGACACUGACAACAAGCUUCCCAUGGAGACAUCAAAGGACGAUGCUUCUGGAGAGGACAAGGAGAUGUUUCAUCAAGAUGAUCAUAUACUUCUGAUGGAGACAGCAAAUAUUACUGAGGAAAGCAAGCAGACAUAUGAGGAGGAUGGUGAUGAUGAGCUGAAGGGGGAAUCAAAUGGUGACAUUGAUGCUGAUGAAGACACUAAAGUGUCAGGUAGUGGAUCCUGUCUUGCAGCUAAGCCAGUCGAGGAUGAGGAUGUGUCUGACAUGCCAGAAGAAGACAAACAAACAGCGACUGAUCAGGAAAGCGACGUUGCUGAAGGAACCAAAGAGCCAUUUAAUCAGGAUGAUGAUGUAUUUCACAAGGAAACAUCACGUCGUGACAACCCUGAAGAAAGUAAAGUGGCAUACAAUCAGGAUGCUGAAGUAUUCAAGAAGUCAUCAAAGGGCGACAUUUCAGAUGGAAGCAAAGGGAUAUUUGGUCAGGAUGUUCUGAAGGAGACAUCAAACAGUGACACUCUUGAAGGAAGUGGAAAGGUGUUAUAUGAGGAUGACGAUGUACUUCUCAAGGAUACAUCACCUGGUGCUGUGACGAAAGGAAGCAAAAGGAGCAUUGUCAAAGACAAGGACAUCUCUCCAGAAGAAACAUCCCAUAGUUAUUCAUCUGCAGAAAGUAGAAGUACGUUUGAAAAGGAUAUUGAUAUGAAUUUGGAAUGUGAUGAAAGCCUUUGUGCAGAUGAAGACACACCAGAAACAGAAAGUAAAGAAACAAGUGGAGGAAGUUGGAUGGAUGAUGUCGAGGAAGAGACCAAUGAGGCAAGCACAUGUACUUCUGAAGACGGGUUAGACUUAACAAGCUCUAUGGAUUUUGAGGUAUAUACUGAUGAGGACACUCCAAACCUUGCACUGGAGAUGGACGCAGACACAGAUGAGGACCCCGUGAAUCAAUCUGACAAUGCUAAAGAUGUCCUUGAAACAUCAGAUCAAAGGUCGUCCAAUUCACCCCAAGGUAAUUCACUAGAAACAUCAGAUCGGGGGUUGUCCCGUUCAUCACAAGAAACUGCACUAGGCACAUCAGCUGAGCACAGCUCUCCACCAGAUGCACGUAUAUCAAGUAGAAGUGCAAUAGAUGAGCACAGAUUGGACAGUGACCAGCUUGGGACGGUACCGGACACAGUUUCAGAAACAGGAGGCAAUACUGAGAACACUCCUGCUGAUGCAUCGAGUCUGGGGAGUUCAGUCAGUGUGCACACCCUUGAGAGUGAUUAUGACAGUGAUGUGUAUAUAACUGAGUGUAGGCUUGUGGUCACAGUCCCUACUGUGAAGACUGAGCAUGAAGAUGAGGAUGAGGAUUCAGACCGUGGUAAAGAUGGGAAGCAUUCUGCCAAGAAACAAGAACCAAACUUUGGUUGUGGUGGUGAUAUUCAGACAGUGGACUGUUCAAAGAUGGAGUCUAGGAAAUCAGGAAACAGGCAUGUGCAAAACACUGGAGUCACUGACAGCUUGUUUGAUGAGGAUAUUCUCAAUAAUUGUGAAGCUGUUCAUUUGAAUGACAGUUCAGGGUUUGACAUCAAAGAACAAGAUGAUCCUGAGAUUGAUACUGAUGAAGACACUGAAGUGUCAGGUGGUGGAACCUGUCUGGCAGAUGCCCAAGUCGAGGGUGAGGAUGAGGAUGAGGAUGUGCCUGAUAAGACAGGAGACAAACAAACAGAGAGUGAUCAUACUGUAGAAUCAGCUGCAAAAGAAGGUGGAGGAAAAAGGGGGGAAGCCAUUUGUUCCAAUGAUGUCCAUGUCACUAAUAUUCCAAGUGAUGCUGAUAUUAAGUUUGAGUCAGCAUCAGUUCUAGCAGAUUCAUCCAGAAACACUUCAGAAGGUGCCAAGGAUCUCAUCAAGAAGGAUGAUCAUGAGUUUACACCUUCUGUGGAUUUGACCCAAGAGGUUAACUGCUCCAGUAAGAAGACAAUGGCAUUAUUUUCAGAUGGCGCAAGAUACAGUCCCAGUAAGGAGGCCAUUGUAGCUCUGCCUGAUCCUGCUGUAAGAGAGACAUCUGGUUCCUCAACAAAACCGGCUUCCAUUCCAGUGCACUUUCACAUGGACUUCUCAGAAGAUGUGGACAAUACCAGCAGCCCAGGUGUGGAUGUGGGCAACAUCAUCGCUGGUUUGGAGCAGGACAACAGUGACACAGAUUCGGACAGGAGAUGCCGAUCAGAUUCCCUGGAUGAUAUAUUUGAUGAUACCUGUCACAACACCAGCAGUUUUCAACCAGAGACUGCUGGAACCGAUACUGUUGGCAUCACGUCGGUAUUGGUUGACUCCGGUGACAGAACAGCUCCAGGCCUUGUUCCACGAACUUCAGUAUCAACUUCUAGAAAAGAACAUAAGAUUGUUUUAAUUGAUCCUGCCAAAGAACUGUUAGAUUUGAGCUGCAAAUCAUUGGGUAGAAUCACCCCUGAGGUUCGUACGGAAGCAGAGUGUGCGACUACUGUCACCCCAGAGAAGGGGAAAGAAAAGAGACAGGAUGUGUCCAGGACCAGUGAGUCCAUAAAUAAUAGCUUCGAAGAAGAUGGCGAUCGGUCGUCAUCAACUUGUGGCAUUGCAGCAUCCACGGAGGAGGAUGAUAAUGUUGAAGAUUUUCCGAUGUUGUCGGCUCCAAACAAGAGGAGACUGUACAGACAGGAUAAUGCGAAAUCUGAGACAGUGAGGCCCAGAGUGGAAGAGGUCGCUUACAGCUCGGAUGAAGAUACCUGUUACUCUGUAGCCAUUUCGGAUCAGGAUGUAGACUUCAGCUACAGCAGAAGUACUAAAAGUUAUGAGCUGGAAGAUGAAGUUGAUGGUAGUCGGAAUGCCAGGGACAUCGACAGCACUGCUGAAACCCAGCCUGGUGUCUCGUUGAUGAAUGUCGAGACCCUCAGUAGUCAAAGGAUGUGUAUGUCUAUGGAUGACCUGUCCAACUCCCAGCUGAGUCAGUUGGACAGAAGGCUCUCCGCAGCUCCGGAGGAAAAUCUAAAAAAUGUCCGGCGUAGAAGUAUAUUAGAGAGAGUUCGGUCCAAUCGUAGGAAUCGUCAGCAGUGUGACAUGACAGUACAAGAUGAAGGUGAAACCCAAAACAGGAAUUCCGUCAGUCCUAAAAAUGUCCGGAGCAAAGUAGAGGAUUCUUUGACCAAAGUGGAGGACUAUUUGGCUAGGUGUAAGAAGAUCCUGGCUAUACUGACCGACUCUUUCAACACCACACAGGUCAGCAGCAACCCGACAGUCCAAGCAUGGCGGGAUGAGCUACAGACACUACACAAGACUUUACAGCUUCCCACGACCAUCAUAGCUGUUGUAGGGGACACUGGUGCAGGGAAGUCGUCCCUGCUGAACGCCCUGCUCAAUCAGCCUUCUGUUCUCCCGACGUCUGGAGUGCGAGCCUGCACAGCUGUAGUUGUUGAGAUUGUGGAAAAUACACGCAGCCAAAACUUUAAGGCUGACAUCCAUUUUCUCUCCAAAGAGGAGUGGCAGGAGGAGCUUGAGGUCCUCCUGAAGGACCUGACCAAGAGAGACGGCAGCCUGCAGACAGCACAGCCUGACCCUACAUCAGAGGCUGGCGUGGCAUACGCCAAAGUGAAGGCUGUGUACGGGAAAGUUCGCCAGAUGAAAGUCCUCCUUAAACAGACUCAGAUCACGCAGUGGCUCAGCAGGGUGAAGACAAUCUCUGUCCAAUCUGCCAAAGCACUCCGAGAUGCAGUCAACAAGUUUAUUGAGAAUACAGACAGUGGUUCUCGGGGCCAGCAGUUUUGGCCAAUAGUGAAGAGGGUGAAGCUGUACCUUCCAUCUUGUGAAGUGUGCAGUAGUGGUGCCGUCCUUGUCGACCUGCCGGGGGUACGUGAUGCCAAUGCAGCGAGGGAUAAGAUAGCCAAAGAGACUCGGACCCCAGGACUUCCGCGAAAAGCCUUCAUUGAAAGUCAGAAACGUCCUCCCCUAGAUUUGGAUACAGUUAAAGCUUCCAGCGAAGGGCCUCCGCGAAGGACAUCAACAGCAGGCUCUAAAUCUAGGCGGUCAUCGGCCGGAUUCCUCAAGGGCUUCGAAGUUAUCAACAUUCACCUCACAGAGCUUCCGCGAAGGUCAACUUUUUUCACGCAGUUCGUCAGGCCACUCACCAAGGCGAUCUCCGGCGCCAUUCACCACGUCGAUCAUCACAUCAUUUACCUCUUCGGUCUCCUGCGUGAGAUCACCACGGAGAUCUCCAUGCAGGUCACCACACAGGUCUUCACAGAAGUCACAGUACAGAUUGCGCCUAUAGCGUCACCCGGUACAGCAUUAGAAGCAGAAGAGCAUCAACCCCCUUUAUCGGGCGAUCCCAGUACAGAAGAUGAUGGAGGCAUCAUUUUCUCAGGCAGCUGA